GCAAGCCAAGGGCGGACUGUUUCUUUCAGUGUAUUCCUGCAAGCGGCCAAAUGAAGCCUAAGACCAUUUGUAUGCUGGCUGUUUUGGUAGUGAUAGCCGUUACUGGAUAUGGACAUCAAAGUGGCCGGCGGCAGGUGAGGUCCCUUUCGCAGGCGAGCAGCCAGGCUUCAUCCUACGGCUCUGGCGGCCUGGGGGGCUACGGCCCCUUAGGCUAUGGUCUGGGGGCCCUGGGGGGCUCCCCCUACCCAUACCCAGGAGGAUUUGGUGGCUACCUUCCGUCAUACGGCGGAAAUCCGUAUUUAUCCUGGGGUCCUUAUGGCUACGGUCAACCAUUCUUUCGGUGCCAGAUUCGCGGAUAUCGGCGUCCUUGCCGCGGCCGGCUGACGUCCGAGACAAAUGGGCUGCGGCCGAGAUUCGGCUUUGGGUCACAGCGGCGACCAGAUCGGCUCGACAUCAGCUCCAGGGGCUGUUCCAGCCUCAUCGCUGCCUUCGACGCUGCUCGCCGCCCCGCCGCCGCCCCGCGUACCGCACCAGCGAAUGAGCCGCUCCGCUGCUCCUUGACACACGCACCACGCACCGGCGUACAGCGCAGCGACACGCCAGUCACAGGACUGUUACUCAUACUGCACCAGACGGCUGGACCUCCACAGCGACAGAAGAUGUCGUCCAAAUGGUGCACAAUAUCUGUGACAGCUUCUCUUACGCUGAUGGUUGCAAUGGUUUUGGCAAACGUCGAAUUACCGUUUCAGCAGAAGCAGACGCUGCAGCUGAAGAGCUUCUCGGAGUGUGAGGACCGCGGCACGGACGAGCUGCGCUUCGCCGUCACCCAGCACGACGGCCUCUUCUCGGGCAGCAUCAUCUUCAAGCGGCCGCUGGACAGCAAGGUGCAGGCGGUGACAGAGAUAUCGCGUUGGAUGGACCGCCCUAGUGAGUGGGGCCGCACGUUCCACAUCCACCGCAUCGCUGACGCGUGCCGCGGCUUCCUGGGGAUAGUCCCCAGCUUCGGACGGUCCAUAACCGAGUGCAUGGGCAUCGAAGAAGUCUGUCCGGUGCCUGCGGGCGUGUACACGCUGGACAACUGCGAGCUGAGCCUGAGCAACGUGACGCGCCGCCUGCCACCGGGGGAGUUCCGGCUGGCGGUCUCCCUGAAGAACGCCACCCACCUGCUGGGCCGCUUCAACAUCGUCGUCGAGGUGGACAACUCCAGGCCUGAGUAG